AUGGGCUACGUAAACCUUGUAUUUUUUAUGCUAUUUCCCUUCCUCUGCCAUCUUUCUUUCUCCUCAUCCUUACCUCAUUUGUGCCCCAAACAUCAAGCUCUUCCUCUUCUACAAUUCAAGCACAUGUUUACAGUAAGUCAUGAUGCUUUUGAUAAUUGUUUCGACGCAACAGGCCAGUGGAUUCCGUCAUAUCCAAAAACUCUUUCGUGGAACAAGAGCACAGAUUGUUGUUCAUGGGAUGGAGUUUAUUGUGACGAGACGACAGGACAAGUGAUUGAGCUUAACCUCACUUGCAGCAAACUUCAAGGCAAGUUUCACUCCAAUAGUAGUGUCUUUCAACUCUCCAAUCUCAAAAGGCUUGAUUUGUCUAAUAAUAAUUUCUCUGGAUCACUCAUUUCACCUAAAUUUGGUGAGUUUUCUAGUUUGACGCAUCUUGAUUUGUCAUAUUCAAAUUUUACAGGUCUAAUCCCAGUAGAAAUCUCUUACCUUUCUAAAUUACACGUUCUUCGUAUCCAAAGUUAUUCAGAUUGUCUUAGAUUCAAACCUCACAAUUUUGAACUGCUCCUUAAGAACUUGACCCAAUUAAGAGAGCUCGACUUUGACGGUGUGAACAUCUCUUCCACCAUUCCUCUGAAUUUCUCUUCUUAUUUAACAGCUCUACACCUUCGAGGCACACAGUUAUAUGGGACAUUGCCCAAAGGAGUUUUCCACCUUUAUAACUUGGAAUCUCUUUAUUUAACAGACAAUCCCCAGCUCACUGUUAGGUUUCCCACAACUAAAUAGAAUAGCAGUGCAUCACUCAUGGAGUUAGUUCUCCGUGGUGUGAAUGCUACUGGUAGGAUACCUGAAUCAUUUGGUCAUCUAACUUCACUGAGUACAUUAGAUUUAUUUUCUUGUAAUCUCUUAGGCUCUAUUCCUAAACCUCUAUUGAAUCUCACCAACAUAGAGGUUUUGGACCUUGCUUAUAACCAUCUUAAAGGACCAAUUUCUGAUCUCUUUAGAUUUGGAAAGCUCAGGUGGUUAUCAC